AUGUGGUGGCUACUGCUUUGUGUCGUGAGUGUUUUGGCUCAAGAUGGGGAUAAUCAGACGACCGAACUUCGAGAAGUUUUCGAUUACCAGUCAAUGCCAGCUCUGUCAGAAUUGGACGACUACGACAAAUGUUUGAAAGACCCCGAAGCCAUCUACUGCAUAGUUGAUAUGGAACUAUUAGAAGAUGACACUCCGUUAUACCAGUAUAUUAAGAACUUUUCAUCCCUCUACUAUAGAAAUUACAAACACUCCAAGCUUCACCGCGGUGUUUGCGGCUCCCAGCAUUGUGGAUUGAAUAUUUCCCACGCGAACGUGACGGAUCUUACCGUGGACACCUUAAGGGAAUGUUUCAAUGCAACGAUACACAAGGGCUACGGGUUACAAGUGGAGUCGUUAUCUGUGCGUUACUGCAAGACCCAAAAAGACAGACUACCAGUGGACUCUCUAGACAUUGUCAUCGGUCUUCUGAUUCUUCUUCUUCUUUUCGUCAACUUGGGCUGUUCUGGCUACUACUUUUUCUGUCCACCUGAGGGACACGGAAAUAGAUACAUGUUGGCGUUCUGUGUUCAAAAGAAUUGGAAGGCGUUAAAAUAUGGUGGGAGCGCUGAUGGAGGAAUAUUCAAGUGCUUUCAAGCUAUGAGAUUCUAUACCAUGGCUAUGAUCCUGGGAUUACACUCAAUGAUUUUUAUUGGCUACGGCUACACCGAAAAUCCAGAAUUCAUAGAGAACUCUUACGACGAUUUCUUCAAAUCCCUUCUAUUCAACGCGCGCAUCAUAGUGCAAAUCUUCUUCGUCAUGGGAGGUUUUCUGAUGGCGUACAAGAUGCUGACCUACGCGGAAACCCAUCAGUUCAGCCUGAAGACCGUUCCUAUGGCUAUUGUCAAUCGAUGGCUGAGGUUAAUGCCGGCUGUCCUCGUGGUCAUGGGUUUAGCGAUGACCUGGGUUCCACAUAUGGGUUCCGGACCCAUGUGGGACGCUGUGGUGAAGCGUGAGAGGGAGAUGUGCCGAAUGAACUGGUGGCAACUAGUAAUCUUAAUGCCUAAUCUCUUUCCUUUUGAAUAUCUAUGUUUACCGCAAGCUUGGUACUUGGGAACAGACACGCAACUAUUUCUGAUGACGAUGAUAGUUAUGUUAAUCAUCUGGCGGUGGCCGAGGUCCGGAGUUCCGGUCCUGUCACUUGUAAUGGUAGUGAGUCUACUGAUUCCGUUCUUGCAGAGCUACUUAAUGGAAUUGCUCCCGAUUAGAGUUAGCAUUUUCCCGGAAUCAAUUCGUAACAUAUUUGGCUUCAAUGACACCUUCUACCACGCCUAUGUAUCAGCGCAAGGCAACUGGGCUGGCUACCACCUCGGUGUUCUGACAGCCUGGUUCUAUCAUCGAGCACAGAAUAAUAAAUGGAAUCUUGGCGAGUCCUGGCUACUCAAAGGCCUCUUCUUGAUUUCAAUACCAGUGGCUUUCGGAACCGUUUUGAUGGGUUGGGAUCUACACCAUCGUGAAGCUUCAGCAUUUGAGUCAGCAGUAUUCAAUGCGUUGAACCAGAACUUCUUCGCGUUUGCUAUCUGUAUAUUUAUUGUCGGAUACUUCUAUAAAUGCAAUAAAUUCUACGUCGGUUCAGUGGAAUGGGGUCCGUUACAGCCCCUCGGAAGAAUGUCCUACUGUGCUAUGCUGGUACAUGCUACUGUGCUCAGAACGUAUGGUGGUCAAAUGAGACGGUCUUUCUAUGCUACAGACUAUACAGCUAUAAUGCUUUACGCUGGAAUUGUGUGUACAACAUAUUUAGUAUCACUUCCGCUUCAUCUCUUUGUCGAAGCCCCGGCCUGUGCGCUACAAAAGAUUUGGUUUGGUCCGAAAAGGUCCCCGAGAGAAGAAAAGACCACAGUAAAGCCCGGCGUUUCCAAUGUGUCUGUAUCCACUGUGUCCACACACAUUUGA